AUGAUUAUUGUGUUGUGUAUCUUGGGCGCAAUUUUGAUGAGCGACGUCGAGGCAGAUUCCGAAGACUUGUCCAUCAUUCCACUUCUUUCUUGCGCAACCGUUCGUUGCGCUCCCGGCUACAAAUGUGUGAUGCUGGUGCCUGAUGAUUGCGUUGGCUGUCGAGCUUUUCCUCGAUGUGUUCAACAAGAAUGUGACACGUCAUGCUUAUUGCCAUGUUUAGCCUUUUACAAAUGUGUGCUUGUGUCUUCACCAAAUUAUUGCUGCCCGAAGGCCGCUUGUCGUCCAAGGUCAAUCAUUACUAUUCCUCCUUUCACGGAUGAAACUAUUCGAUUCACAAUCGAACCUCCAAGGGUGACGGGAAUUGUGAAGCCGGGAGAUCCUGUACAACAGAUUCCAUGA